GUCACUACUAAGACGUGCCUAUAGUGAGAAAAGAAAGCCAGCUGUGUGCGGGGUGACUGGAAAGAGGCUGUGUGAUUUGAAGGCGUCCUUUCUGGCACAGAGGGGUGGACAUUAAACACACACACACACAUGCACAAGCAAAGCAGCAUAGUUAGCCUUGUCUUCCUUUCUUUGUUUUUUAUAUAACCCCUAGUAAAGCGUGUUGCUGCAGCAUUUCAGAUUUGCUUUUCCUGUGCAGUGAGGUACACCAGGGAGUGGACUACUCGCGCAAAUCAAAGCAGGUCUGCUAUUUUCCUUAUGGUGUUUGCCUGUAGAGGUGUUCUGAAAACAGUGCCAAAAUGACAGAGGGCGAUUUGAAAGAUGCUCACUCUACCCCACCAGCAGCAGCAGAGAAGACAAACACCUCGGUCCCGUUUCCUGACGAAGAGGCGACCGAAGAGGACACAAAGACUGCAGAAAAGACCCCCUUAAACGAAGACGUGGAGAAAAGCGACAACAAUGAGGAGACCAAGGGGAGCGCAGUGGUCAAGUUGGUCGGGUCGAGCGACCCGGACUGUGCAGCCGAAGCAGAGUUCGAACACCCCGAAGGAGGAUGGGGCUGGGUCGUUAUGCUGGCUGCUAUGUGGUGCAAUGGAGUCAUCUUCGGUAUCCAGAAUUCCUUCGGCAUCUUUUUCAUUUCCCUUUUGGAUGAAUUUGGCUCAGCAGAGGACAAAUCCCUGAAGUUUAACACAGCCUGGGUCGGCUCUCUGUCAAUGGGAAUGAUCUUCUUCUGCUCCCCGAUCGUCAGUGUGUUCACAGACCUGUUCGGGUGCCGGAAGACUGCCGUGGCUGGAGCUGCUGUCGGUUUAAUCGGUCUCUUUGCUAGCUCUUUUGUCCGUACGCUGGGUCCCCUGUACUUUACUUAUGGGAUAGUAUUUGCCUGUGGCUGCUCCUUUGCUUACCAGCCCUCCCUGGUGAUCCUGGGGCACUACUUUAAGAAGCGUCUGGGCCUGGUGAAUGGCAUUGUGACAGCUGGCAGCAGCGUGUUCACCAUCACCCUGCCCUAUCUCCUCUCCUUCCUGCUGAACUGGCUGGGCCUGCACAACACCUUCCGCUUCCUCAGCAUCUUCAUGUUAGUACUCAUGCUGGUCGGCUUCACCUACAAGCCCCUGAUGCCCGAGCCCAGGUCCCCCCAGACGGGCAAGGUCCCACGCUUGAGCAAGAUCUUCAACUUCAACAUCUGGAAGUCCGUGGGGUACCGGAUUUGGGCGCUGGGAAUCCCGGCUGCGCUUUAUGGAUACUUUGUGCCUUACGUCCAUUUAAUGGCUUUUGUGGAAGAAAGGUUUGGCAAAGAUGUAAACAAAGAGAGUCUCUUGACGUGUAUCGGAAUCACCUCAGGAGUCGGCCGCAUGAUCUUCGGGAGAGUUGCUGACUAUGUUCCCGGUGCGAAUAAAGUCUACCUGCAGGUGUCCUCGUUCUUAGUAAUCGGGGUGCUGUCCAUGAUGAUCCCGCUGUGCCAGGUCUUCGGUGGUCUCAUUGCCGUCUGCCUGCUGAUGGGUCUCUUCGACGGGUGCUUCAUCUGCAUCAUGGCUCCCAUUGCCUUUGAGCUGGUUGGGUCUCAGAACGCUUCCCAGGCUAUCGGCUUCCUUUUGGGGAUGAUGUCACUGCCCAUGAUUGUCGGCCCCCCGAUUGCAGGCAUGCUGCGCGACAAACUCGGCACCUACAAUGAGGCUUUCUACCUGGCAGGGAUCCCUCCCAUCAUAGGGGGGCUUGUGCUGUGCUUCAUCCCAUAUGUGGAGCGCAGGAAGCAGCAGCAGCAGCAGCAGGAGGCAGCAGCACACAAAAUGCUGGAUGGUAAAGCCAACAGUGUCCUUCAGCCCUACAAUGCCCAUGAAGAAAAGAAGGAACUGGAGUGUUCAAUAUGAUUAAAUCAAAUAAAGACUUUCAUAUCUCAAAAGCUGAUCAAUAUAUGUAUAUAUGUACAACAAUCCUAAUGCUGCUUUGCAAGGAAACCUGGUGAAAAAUAUGAAGUGAUGCUGAAACUAGAAACAAAACAAGACAAAUGUUGCAAUCUUCUUGCUAAAGCUAUGCAUUUUUUUUGUUUUUUUAUGUACAUUUUUUUUUCUUUAAACCUGAAUCUGAUCACAGCUCUGCUAUAUAGGUUUUACACAAAAAAGGGCCAGGCUCCAUUGGGAAGAAGAGAGAGUUUUUAAAAGUCUUAUAUUUCUUACAAGGAAACUGACUGCAUUACAAAAAAACACUUUUUAUAAUAUUUUCAUAAUAUAUGUAAGUAUUAAUGAAUUCAAGCUUUCAGACGAGAAAACAUAUAUGUGCACUCCAAGCAGUUUUUAAAACACUAAUGGGUAGGUGUACUAAGAUGGACCAGUUGCAGCGCAGACAUACCACAAUUUGCAUUUGUUGCGACACUUAAAGUCAACAUUUUGUCAUAUGCACUAAGAGAAAAUAUGUUAAUGAAGAGAGCCACAAUAUACUAAUUUAAAUAUUUGUUGCAUCUUCUUAGCGAGAUCUCUAGCAUACAUUGCGAGAGUCGUGCGACAUUGUUCAAAUAAAUAGCAGGAGUUAAGUUGUGGUUUGCUGCAGCAGAGGGUGCCCUAAGGAUAACGUCUAUACGUGCAAGGGUGCAAGAAUCAAAAUAACAUUGUUUUUGUUAAAUUUAAACGUUGUCUGUACAAUCCAUUCUGUUCCGUCUUCAUUUUACCUAUUUUAAUACUAAAUAUAGAAAAAUAAAAGGCAGUUUAAUCUGAUUAUAUAGUGGGGCCCCCACCUUCACCCCCCAAAAGCUUUUUAUAAUCAUACAGUAGCCCCUCGCUAAACCGGACAUGUUUGUCCGACAUAAGGAGGUGUCGGGUUUAAAAACAAUACAAUAAAAUCGCACACACAUACAUUUAUAGUGCUCAGUGCAUUUAAAAUAUAAAUCAUUGCGCUGAAAUAACACUAAUGUGUUUUGGGUAAGCUACACAUUACAUUAUGUAAAAAUAUAAAUCUCUACAGUAGGCCUAUACAGUAUACAGUACAGUAGUAAAAUGAAAUGAAUACCUAGCGCACUUUGUUCUUACUUUAGCUUACCGGUAACACAAAAUAAAUCAUGCUGCAAAUAAAAUAUUAUUUUAAAUUGAAACUAAAUGAUUUUAGUUUUUUUUUUUUAACUAUUAUUAUUAUUUUUAGCUUGGCCUGCUUAGUAGCCUAGACAAUUAACACAAAAUAGAUCACAGUCCUCUAUACAGAUGCUCAGAAUGAGCUGGAGGGGUUAGUGACACAUGUGUGCAGUCUAUUGCUCCCAUGUUGGGGAAACCAGAAAUGUCAUAGAAAUUUGUUUUCAAGGCUUGUAAGUUAGGUUUGCCAACUGUCCUGUUUUCGACCGGACAUCCGGUUUUAAGGGAUUUUGUACAGUGUCUGUUCAGAACCACUGACCGGACAGCAGAAGUCCGGUUCUGGUGAAUCUUGCUUACACACUGUUCAUUGCCGUUUGGGUAUUUCCAUUCUCGCUGAGCCAGUCCUGUUUCAACACUGUACUGUGCAAAUAUUUUUACUAUCGGCCCAUUAAGUUUGAGAACUACACUGAAAUGUAUUCUGCGUUAUUACCGCAUCUAUAUUUUUAAAAAAAUCACACACAUAUUCAUCUGAGGUUGAACCUCAAAGAAAAACUACUGCCGCAAAGCAUUCCCUAAAAAGUCAACAGCAUUGCGCUUGUUCAGUACAUUUCACCCUAGACUUGUGACUCGUUUGCGACUAUUGCGACAGGCGCUACACUUUAGUACAUCUACCUCUCAAUUCAUAAAACAAUUUUAAAUGAAUAACGUAUACACCUGUGUAGGUACAGAAGCGGCAGACUGAAUCGAAAAAUAAGGAACUCUCACCAACCCACAUUCAAGGCUUUAUCCAAUAAAAAUCCAGUAAAAUUGUACAUACAUGUUUUUUCAUCUCCGCAAUUCAAUUGGUCACAUAUAUUUUUUAGCCAGUAUUACACCUCAUAUUUUUUUGAUAAGCAGAGAAUCAGACAAAUGGUGUGUGUGGGUGUGUAAGGUUAUUGGGGUCAACUUGAGUGAUCUCAACAUUGGCCGAUAUAAUUAACCCUGUAAUUUGCCUUGAGGUAACUUAACCUCCCUAAGAGCUUUCAACCAAAGAGUCUUAAUGCAACGCAUGCAUUUCAUAUCAAGAUAUAGGUAUAGGUUUGAAAUAUCUCAGCUAUCUCAACUAAUGCAUCAGAUGGCCACAGGGCCAUGGGGAUGAUUAUUGAAACAGAGGAUGGUACACAAAGUGAAUCUAAACAACAAUACAUUAGUUAAGAUAACUGUGAUAUUUAAAUGAUAGCUAACAAAAUAAUUCCUUAAAUCUUAGCCAUUUUGCACUUUCGUUCACUACGGAUGUCUCAGAUGUGCAGUUUUAAAAGAAGCGCAUGUUUUCAGAUUCUAUGCCUUUUUCUUGGGCUAUCUGGUUGCUUGUACUCCCUGGAUCAUUUAGCCCCAGCAGUGUCUGGUGGGUCAAAGCAAGUUACUGGCUGAAAGCAUAUCAGUCAAUAUGGGAAGCAGCUGAUUGGCUAUUGACAGGAAAGUAAAGGGAUGGGGACAAUUUUAAUCUCUAGUUGAAAUGACCCAGGAAGUCAAUCAAAAAGCACGGCUUCCAGAUAAAGUUUUGUUUAACCUACAGUAGUGUAGUACCAUAUAUCAUGUUUUAAAAGGAAAAUACAUGUUUGUUAUAAUUUUCAAAACGGCACAUUUGAGACCUAUAGAAUGAAUGGAUGUGCAUGGCAGAGAAAUUGUAUGGAACUAUUUUGUUAGCUAAAAUGACUUUAAUACAUCUACUGAGUUGUUCUUUAAUUGCAUAUGUUUUUGUUGCCUGUUCUGCUUUAAUUGUGGGCUUAAUUAAAUAUACCGAUAUUUAAACACUGCGUAGUGUAGACACUUUUAAGCCAGUUUAAAGGCAUAGUGUGGACAGGGCCUUUCACAGCAGCAGUGGGCCUUCAAAGAAGUUUUGGGGAAGGAAUUAAAUUAAUGAAAGACAGAAAGGUGACCUAGAGACAUUCCAAUGAAAAACAAAAAGAACAUAGCACAACAUAACGACUUGGACUCAGACAUAGUUAAUUAGUACAGUACAAUUAUUGUAAAGUGUAGAACUGUAAAGAUUGCAAAAUAUCUUGAAUGUAUUCCUGUAAGUUUGAGCUGUGCAAGUAUGGGGAGUGGGGAGGGGGCAGGUUAAUGGAUUUGAAAGAACCGUAAUCUUUCUGAACAUACAGUACUGUAUCACAAAUGCGUUUUACCAAACACCUGCUCUCAUGAGUGCUGGCAUUAAUAUGACAAUGGAAUGUGUUAGUGUGGGUGAUAGGCCUUACUUUCUAUUAGGGAACUUGUGAACAAGUUGCAGCCCUCAUUUUUUAUACCAUGUAUAGUGAUGUUUCCUUUGUUCAUCCUAAACCAGUCACACAUGUGGAAAACAUGCUUUGUAUUAUCAUUUUAAUAAUUAGUUCAAGAUGUCACAAAUGAAACACUUUUGCAAGAAGCAUAAAGCAUGUUAGGUAAUGAGCGAGUAAGAUUACUAAGGUCUUUUUACAAUAGUUCUUUAAAACUUUAUUCCUGAGAUCAUUCAGAAGACCAGAUAAAGUACUAUAAAUAAUUACAGUAUAGUAUUCCUCGAGUUUACAGAGCUGCCGGUAAUUUGUCAAGUACUGCAUGACUAAAAUAUACUUAAAAGGAUAGCCAGGGAUUUAAAGGAGCUCUGCAAAGAGAUUUUUGUUUUUGUUGUCUGUUGGGAUGAACCAAAAGGGAAAGGGCUUAAUUUGGAAGCAUGACCUUACACGUCUACCAAAGUGAUGUUUGUCAAGGGCUCUUUUGCAGCUGAAUUAUUUAAAAUGGUGGCUAAGAACCAAUUUUAUCAGUAUAGUGCUGGAAUAAUAAGGUCAGCAUCUUUACAACUCUGCAAUGUAACUAGAAGGCCACAUUUAUGCAGAAAAUAGUCACUGAGAGAAGUUGGCUACUCAGAAAAGUGUUCUGCAUUGUUUGUAAAAACUAAAGGGCAUUAAAGCUGCUUGGGCUUGGCCCUUUCUGUCACCUUGUAGUUAUAGCUUCAUGCAGUAGUGUCUUCAACCAGCUAUGUCUGUGGCUACAAGUCUGAACUGUAAUAUUCUAGGACUUCAUGUAAAGCAUGCAAGCAACACUACCGUUGCUUGCUUUCUGCAUUUGCUUUAAGCUUUUUUUGUUAUCAACCAUCGUUGUUUUGAAUAUUUAAUACACAUAUAUUGUAUUUCAUUAGACAACAAUGUUUUUAAUUAAUUUACCACAAUCUAUUUUAUGUAUUGUUUUACUCAUUUGUUAUUAUUUGCAUGAUUUUAUUGAUUCUGAUUUUAUGAGAUGCAAUCUACCAUUCAAACUGAAAGAUUUUAAACGAAGUAAAGAUUUGUUUAACUUUUUUGAA